AUGGGAGUACCAGUCAUUGUGGAUACACCCAUUAUCGGCUUCCAGAAAAAGGACUUGAUCGGGCUUGACCUGCCACAUAAUGACGCCCUAGUCAUCUACGUCCAAAUUGAACAAGCUGUGAUCAAGCGAGUUUAUGUAGAUGAGGGCAGCACAGCCAACAUCUUGCAUGGGAUUGGAGCCUAA